AUGUCUCCCCUGACCGGCGAACAAUUAUCCGCAGCCGCCGGUGCAUGCCUGGAGCUGCAGAAAACCGGCCAAGACAUCCACUCGAAACGGCCGUUCGCCGCGUUGCUUCUGGCACCGGAUAGUACCACCGUUCUAAUGUCCUCACUGUCGCUGUCGCAUGUCAGACACGCGGAGGCCGAGCUAGCCCGCAACGCGGCUGAUAAUUAUGCGCGCGACUACCUAGCCGAAACGACUUUCAUCUCCACUUGGGAGCCCUGUGCAAUGUGUGCGGGCACGAUUUAUUGGGCAAACAUUGGACGCUUGGUGUAUCUGGCGUCGGAGAAAGCACUGCAAGGAGUUAUCGGAGAGGGAAACAUUGAGAACCUCACACUGGAUUUGCCAUGUCGGACUGUAUUUGCAAGUGGCCAGACCGAGGUGGAAGUUAUUGGGCCGGUGAGCGGGUGGGAAGAGAAAGUGGUGGAGGAUAGCAAAAGGUAUUGGGGCAAAGGGAAAUAG